AUGUCGCCAGCAGUGGACACCACCCAAAGAAGGCGAAGGUUUGUAGGGUCACGUGAGCAAGAUGAAAAGGGCGGCCGGUCAGCAGUGAUUAUACGUGCAAAGAAAGGAGCAUCAAGGCUUAUAAAUCAAAUUCCUCAGGAAAUCUUGGACGAUGAAGAGCUAAAAGAGGCAGCACGUCUUUUGCCUUCGAACUACAACUUUGAGAUCCACAAAACCGUUUGGAACGUGCGAAAGAACAACGCUAAACGGGUAUGUUUACAGAUGCCGGAGGGGCUCCUGAUUUAUUCCAUGGUGAUAGCCGACAUAAUAGAGCAAUUUUGCAAUGCUGAGGUUUUGGUGAUGGGAGACGUUUCCUAUGGAGCCUGCUGCAUAGACGAUUAUACCGCCAGAGCCUUAGACUGCGAUAUGAUUGUUCACUAUGCUCACUCGUGUCUAGUUCCUAUCGAUGUGACCAAAAUCAAGGUCCUUUAUGUGUUUGUGACCAUCGUCAUUGAUGAAGGUCAUCUGAUAAGAACUCUGACUAAAAACUUUGAACAUGGAACUCGAUUGGCUGUAUUUGGUACGAUACAGUUCAACCCUACGAUACAUUCGAUCAAGAACAAGUUGGAAGGCCCUGAGUCAGACAAGCUUCUCUAUGUCACGCCGCCUCAAAUAUCUCCAUUAUCCAAGGGGGAAGUGCUUGGGUGCACAUCCGCGCAUUUAGAUCCUAACCAGUUUGAUGCUAUGGUUUACGUUGGCGAUGGAAGAUUCCAUCUGGAAAGUGCUAUGAUCCACAACCCUUCGGUUCCUGCUUAUAGAUAUGACCCAUACUCUCGCAAGUUCACAAGAGAGUACUACGCUCAGGAAGAAAUGGUGCAAGUGAGAUCAGAUGCCGUGCGACGCGCGUCAGAGGCGAAAAAAAUAGGACUGAUACUGGGUGCGCUGGGACGACAAGGAAACCCGGUGACGGUGGAACGAUUAGAGCAACAGCUCACUCGGGCAGGAAAAACUGUGAUCAAGAUCAUACUAUCAGAGAUUUUCCCAGGAAAGCUCUCCAUGUUCGAUGAUAUCGACGCUUUUGUUCAAGUUGCGUGUCCUAGAUUAUCGAUCGAUUGGGGGUAUGCCUUCCAUAAGCCAUUACUGACGCCAUACGAGGCUAUGGUGAUGCUUGGAGAGGAACAGAAGUUUGAGAAAGACUUUUAUCCUAUGGAUUAUUACGCCAAAGAUGGCUAUGGAAGAGGUAAAAAGCCGGUCAGAGGCGAUUAA